AUGACAAUACGGUUCGAUUUUGCCCAGGAUUUUCACGGCUUCAUUUUUCCACCUCAGCAUGAAGACCAGUGUGGACUUUUGGGAAACGGCAAUCGCACGUUGUUAAUGAACAUUCCGUUUGGAAAAGGCGCAGAGUCGUGUGGAGUGUUCAUGAGUGGGAAAGAUCAGUGGGUGACGAUUAACGUUCGGUACAACACGACAUCGAAGGUUUCGUCACAAGAAUCGUACCUGUUACACUGCGUUGAGGAUAACAGACGACGUGAGUUCGAAAACCUCUCGGGGAGUCAGGUUCACAUCGCUGUGUUGUUAGAUUCGAAGCCAGCAACCGAGGCAACGGUGGGACAGAAGUACGCCCUUCGAGUGCAAGCUCCAUAUGAAUACAGGCUGACGACAUGCAUGGCUCAUAUCGGUGAAAUGAAUAAUGUAUAUGCAAAUGUAUUCGAAGGUAGCUCUGAGACUCCUUCCAACUCGUCACUGGUACGGUUCCAUAAACAAGACGACAGUGACAUCGUCUCUUCAUCGUUCAUGAUGUUCAGAUUUGAAGAGAGUCACCGAUUAUACCUGCAGUGCGCCGUUACGGUCUGCCGCGGUUUGGGCGGCGACCCACAUAAUCGGUCAGUUACACAACAAGUUUUUCAUCCAUUCUCCGGACAGGUCAAUAACAGCGUACUUAUUACGUCCACUUCCGUGCUAGUCAAAGACAUAGCGGAUGGGAAAGCCUUACCGAGCUUCGUACUUUGCGUGGAAAUCUCGAACGUUCGACUGCUUCUCUUGGCAAUGCUGUUGUCUGCAUUGGUAACUUCGGUGAUCGCGCUGGUUCUGUUGACCGUGUAUAAUGUACCAUGGAUGCAACAAAUGGACAGUGGUCAAACAAAAACAGCAUCCAUGUUUGGGACGUCUGGCAUAGGCAGAAGUGAGACGAGAACGACGACCACGACGACGAGAGACACGUCUAACCCAAAGGUCAGUUACAAUCUACCACAGCGACAGGAACUCGCUGUGGCGGGGAAGCUGAGUACUGCCACCAGCCGAGAUAACCGAGUAACGUUGAAUACCAGUGUUCCCAUCUUCGCGCUUGCAGCUGAAGGGAUCAGCUGUGGAAGCCAAUGCCCUUCUGCUACAAGCACCAUCGAUGUCGACAACGACUUGAAGCCGCCGUCUUUCUCACCAACCUUUUACACCUCAGUUCUGGAUAUGUUUUAUGAUGCUUGGAGGGCAUCGAGGAGUUCACGCCUCAAAAAAAACUUUUAUCGUCUGUAUUCGGGGUUAAAUGAGACCCGUCCUUCUGGUUGCCACCAGUGGUCGAUGAUAGAGAAUCCGUACGAAAUACCAAACAGUGUUUUGAAAAUGCUGCGACAAGCCUGUAUCAACGAGGACAAUUGCACUAGCACCGUCUCUGGUGAAACCUGA